GAGGUUGUGCAAAUGUUGGCCCAACUGCUCAUCGUUGGCUUGAGCUGUCUCCAUUCCGGGUUGACCAGCGGGACUCUCAUGGACGUCAUCGAGGAGCCUCCUUCACCAUGGAUGGCUUGGUUGAUCAUUAGUGUCGAAUACUACAUUGUCCAAUUAGAACAUCUCCUUCGAUGGCGUGCAAACAGCCGGGUUCGUCUGCGAUAAUGAAAACCGAUAUGAUUUCGUUGCUAUUCAAGCGAACAUACCAAUACCAUGCUUCUUACGAAGCACCGCAUCAUCUCCCAAUUUUUAUCUUGUCAUGUCCUUAGAGCAGUCUGCAGACGAACUUUCGUUGAACACUCCUCAAGCUGUUGCAACGGUCUCUUCCAGAGCUUUUGACACUUAUCCUGUAGCUGAGCCUGAGACGACCUCUCAAUGUACAUCUAUUCAGAUUUUCAUCACAUCAAUCGCUAAAUGACAAAAUAUGCUGUUUCGACGACUUGGAAUUUUAGACCGCCUACAAAUAACUACCACUUCUGUGCAUGGUCAUCGGUGUAGUCUUCGGCGAGUUAGCCCCAGGAAUUCAAAAAGCUUUGACACUGCGUGCUUGCAGAGCGUCUCCAUUCCGGUCGCCAUUGGCCUCAUUGUCAUCAUGUGGCCAAUCCUGACCAAGCUCAAAUAUGAAACAAUAGGAGCUGUCUUCCUCUCUCGACGUAUCUUGAUUCAUAUAGCGCUCACUAUGUCCCUCAACUGGAUAGUUGGCCUACUCCUCAUGCUUGGCCUGGCAUGA